ACUUUUAUUUGAAGCUAUCGUUUAAGAAGAACAAAACCUAUAUUUUGUACUUGGAAUAAUUUAUUUGUCUACCCUGAUUCCAUCAAGCGCAUUUUUUUUCUUAAACCGUUGCCCAACAAUAAACAACGUGAGCUGGUGUUUCGAAACGCUAAGCAAAGUGCCUUCUUCUGCUCAUGAUUGUUCGCCGCUCUUUUUACUUCAGCGCUUCCCGUCCUAUCCUUAUGCUUAUACUUCUUCAAUUUUCCUUUUAACUCCUUUCAUCUUUCAUAUUAAUCUAUAAAAAAAAGUGAAGCAAAAGAGCAAAAGCUAGAUCUAUGAUUUAAAUAGUUAUAUUACUAUGCCUGUUCGUAAGUAUCAGAGAGAGAGAGAGAGAGUCAACACUAAACAACAGAAAAUGCAUCGUUGGACCACGCAGUGUUGGUCCAGUGAUGACAAAAUAGUCGAAUAGUUUGUACAAGCAAAAACUGGACUAGAAAACCACUACACCUAAAACAGGAGCUGUUCGUUUAACAUCUCUAGUUACAUGUUUAUGACAACUCGCUUAACGAUACGCGUGUGGUUUUUUUGUUGUUUUUUUGUUUUGUUUUCUAUGUUCUGUUUCUGUACCAUUUCUGUUCUAUUUUUCCUGUCCGCCUAGUAACCAACUGCUCUCGACUUUGCGGUUAGAAAAAUCGGCUCAAAGGCAGUAAAGUAAGCAAAGUUAUAUAAAAAUAAUAAAACAAACAGGCAAACCGAAGCAAGGCGAAUGUUUGUUUAUUAAUCGUUUCGCUGUUAUUGUUUUUUUUUUUUAUAUAUUUUCGCCCAAUCUUCUUCCGUUAAACUUUGUUUUUAAUAAUUGCCCUCUAGUCUCAGCUUCAACUCUCGAGUGUUGUGGAUGUGUGUAUGUGUGUAUAUGUGGUUGGCUGUGUGUUUUUUGAUGUUGUUGCUUUUAUUUUGGGGUAUGACGAUGAAUGCGCUUCAUAUUGUCCGUUGCAGGUUUUUGAACAAAGAAAUGGUGCAACUAUGCAUACAUUCAGGAGUUUUGAAUUGAAUUCGAUUACUAAACGUAUUUGUAUGUGUGAGUGUAAGUGUAAAUGUUAGCAAAUGUAAAUUUUAAAUCAAUGUCAGUUGUCCUACAGAGUGACGCUGUCAUAAAUAGGAGUAUGACAGUUGUCCAAUCCGUUCUAUGCUAAAAAGACAAGAACCAUUUUCCAAUUCGACCUACUUAUUUUGAAAUUAUUUUAAAAUACACACCCACUCACACACUCACACCAACACGCUACAGAAAGCUUGCUAACGGUUCGCUAAACUGCGGCGCGCAUAUCUCAUGGAGUCGUCGCCGAUGCGUACGAUGUUGGGGAAUGUUCGUUCUGUUCGCGUUUGUUUUUGUUUAAUCACAAAUACUCUAAAUACGAGCCACACGUACACACACAUACACAUACAAACACACACACACACACAUAGACACCAAUGCAGCGUUACAGUUUUAUGGGGGAAGGUAUGCCUAAAAGCCAAAGACGUUGCCAGAUUCCGCAAAGAGCUCAGAGGAUAUCUGGAGAGCAAUUGCCGCGGUGGCCGGGACGACUCGUCCGCCAGCGAUGAAGGUGACCGUGAACGCGACACGGUGACGUUCUUCCUUGGCGGCUGCCCGUCCGCCACCAACCUGCAGAUGAGCGCGCUCAACACGCUCAACACCGGCAUCGUCACGCCGAGUACGGCCGCCGCGUUCGGGGUGUCGGUGGCCGGCACACCGACCGGGUACGGCAGCACCGCGACCACCAACAGCGCCAGCACCAACCUUCCCAACACGUCCAGCAGCAUCGGUGGCGGCGGCGGUGGCAGCUACCCGAGCCUGUCGAACUACUCCGUCCCACCGGUCGGCCUCUAUCCGGCCCUGCCGUCCUCGUCUUCGCUGUAUGGGGCGGCCUCGUCGACCGGUGGCGCCGGCUUUACCUCCAUCUCCCGCGAACAAUCCGUCGGUGACAGUGCACAAAGUUUGCUCGGCGAUGGCGACUGCCAGGUGUCGUCGUCAUCGUCGGUCACGCUGGACCGAACGGUGCUGCCGCGGGGGAAGAAGGCUCCGGCCAAGCUGCCCCAGGUCGUGCCGAGUACGGUCGGCAAGGCGCCGAUGCCUCCGCCCCGCAAAACACUCUCCUCGCAGAGCCUCUUUCAAAUGGCCCGAGCUGAUAGCACGGACCUGGUCGCCCUGGAAUCCCCAACGGUACCUAUUCCACCGUCAGCUUCAACAGUCUCGACGCCCGCGUCGUUCGCUCCGGGCGCCGGCGGCGGCGUCGUUGUUGUCGCUGGCAGCGCCGGCCCCUACCACCAGCAGCAUGUGCAGCACCAGCUCCAGCAGCGGUUCGUCGACGGUAAAGUUCCACAGCAACAGCAGCAGCAGCAUCAACAGCACGGGCCGGAUCUAUACCAGCCUGCUCGGCGAAACGGAGGCGGCAGCCAGAAGCCUGCGCCGGUGGCCCUCGGAGACCCAGUCGCUGCCGGCGGUGGAGGCGGCGGCAGCAUCGGCUUCGGCGCCGGCGGCACCCUGCCCCAGCUCGACGAUGCCGGCUCGACGGACUCGUCCCUGUUCGACGAGGACGUUAAGAAGCGCCCCCGGAAGCUGUUUUCUUUCGGGAAGCGGUUUGCCAAGUCGAAGAAGCAGCAAUAGCAGUGGCAGCAGCAGCAGCAGCAGCAACAGCAACAGCAACAGCAACAGCAACAACAUCAACAGCAACAG